AUGAAAAAAACACGACAACUUUUUCUGCGAAAAUGCACGAAAUUGUAUAUUAGACAAACUAGUUGUGUUUUCAAAAAUACGCGUUACCGUUGUGGUGUAUUCUUACUUUCGAACAUUGGAUUAUGUGGUAAUGGUAUAUUUCUUAACAAGUUUAUUUUCAAAGGUGGAGAAGUGUCACAGUGUUCAGCCAUAAAUAUAUUUUUGAGUUCCACAGCAAUACUUAUCCGUCAGAUGCAACCGUGGGAUCCACCAGUUGAUCUCAGCAACGACAAAGCUAAUGAGAAUGAAAGCACAUCAGAUUUACGUAGAAGAUUACGUAGAAAUGGAAUGUUACCUCCCCUAUUAUUUUAUGAUCGUCCAAUAAAUAUUGGACAUACAGGAACUAUAUUUGAUCCGUAUAUCCCUCCUGAUGGUGAUGGUCAAAGUUCAUUACUAUCAACAAAGAGACUGGCUCUUUUAAAAGAUAAUCUCCUUAAUAAGGGAAAAAACUAUAAGGAUUUAUCGCUGCUAAAAUCACAUGAACCAUCAUUUAAUUCCAAACGAUUUACUAUUGAAGCUGAAAAUAUUUAUGUUGAAGCUCAUGAUUUGUUACAAAAUUAUCGUCAAAAUGAAUCCCGAUUAUUUGAACUAGUUACAGAAAAAGCACUAGUAGAUAUGACUGCUGACCUAAAACUUCGAACUCUGCAAUGGAAGUUUGUGGGUAACAUUGAGCCACCCAGAGUUGUACAAAUACGCUGCAACGAGCUUUUAUCUAAAGGCAAUGUUUACGCUCAAGUUACAGUUCGUUUCUAUACACAACAGAUUUUAUCGAUUUAUAACCGUUUCGGGCGUCUACUAUAUGGUAAUCCGGAUACUGCUGUUGAUGUACUCGAAUAUGUUGUAUUUGAAAGACAUAUUUCCGAUGAAUAUGGUACAUGGAGAUUACACGGUAAAGUCUCUCGUCCAAACUCUACAGUAAACUACACAUAUAUACCUACUCAACGGUUAUUCCCAAUUAAUUCAUCAACAACAUCGGAAUCAAAUAAAUUGAUCUCAAAUAGUCGAAAUGACGUUGAUAAUCCAAUAUCACUAAACAGUUUGAAUAAAGAUAAUAUGAAUUAA